GGAUCCUCGAGCACGUACCUGUGAGCGUCCCGCUGGGGGUGGGUGAGUGGAUUCGUUCGGCGGCGGCCUGUCCUUCUCAGCCUGAGCUCGUUCCCCGAGCCUGGGCCCUCUGGGCUCUCGGAGUCACCUCCAGGGCGAUUUCACGGUUCCCCACGCCCGCCGUUCCCGUCCUCGCCCCCUCCAAGCCCGGCAGGUCGCACGGUACGGGGCGGGGCCUGCAGCGGUGACGGACGUGAAGCGGGGUCCCAGGCUGGCCGACUCUGAGCUGCUCAGGCCUCAUGCUGUGCUGUAGAUUCCCCUCCAUCUCCACCGCCAGGAUGGAGGGCUCUGCUUGCUCUUGACAGCCUCCGGUCCCACCUGAGCUGAGGCUUUACGUCCAUCCCGGCGACUUGCAGCUUCCGUCUGAAGACUGUGGUCACCUGGGCUGAGGAGCCCCAGCCUCGUCAUGGACCCAGAGUGCUCCCGGCUCCUCCCUGCGCUCUGUGCCGUCCUGGCAGACCCCGGGCAGCCUGUGGCAGAUGACACUUGUUUGGAGAAGCUGCUGGACUGGUUUACAGCGGUAACCGAAGCAGGGUCCAGUCUCCUGUUACUACAGGAAAAUCCCUGCCUGGUAGAGCUGCUGUUCCACGUGCUGAAAUCCCAGGACCUAAGUUCCAGAAUCCUCUCCUUCUCACUCCGCCUCGCAGGGAUAUUUGCAGCCCAGGAAAACUGCUUCCAGUAUCUUCAGCAGGGGGAGCUGCUGCCCAUGCUCUUUGGGGAGGUGGGCCCCCUCGGAGGAGCGGCCUGGACAGCCCCCGCUGUGCGCAGCGGCUGGAUCCAGGGCCUGCGCACCCUGGCACAGCAUCCUAGCGCCCUGCGCUUCCUCGCCGCCUGUGGUGCAGUUGACACCAUCUUCUCCCUGCAGGGAGAUCCCAGCCUGUUUGUGGCCUCGGCAGCCGGGCAGCUCCUGGUGCACAUUCUGGACUUGGCGAUGCGGGGCCCAGCCGAGGGCCACCGCAGUCCGCAGGCUUGUGACUGGCCAGCAUGUGCCCAGAAGAUCGUGGGUCACAUCGAAGACUCCCUGUGCUCCACAGCCGUCCCGCAGGUCACACAGGCCCUGAGUGUCCUGACCACUGCGUUCGGGCACUGCCACGGCCUUUGGACGCAAGGCCUUUGGGUGCGGCUGAGCCCCCUCGUGGCCCGUCUGCUCGAGAAAGACCCUGUCCCAGCCUCACACUCGCUCGUGGAUCUCCUCCUCAGCGUGGCCCGUUGUGCGCCGAGCUCUUACCGUGGCCUGUGGGAGACUUUGGCCCAGACACUGAGCCACUUGAGCCCCACACAGGCAGGGCCUCUGGCUUUGGGGAUCCUGAAACUGCAGGACUGUCCACAGGCACUGAGGACCCAGGCCUUUGGCAUCCUCCUCCAGCCCCUGGCCUGUGUCCUGGAAGCUGCUGCUCAGGCCCCUGGACCCCCAGGCUUGCUGGAGGGGGCCGCAGGCAACUCGAUGACGGUGGACACGCUCCUCUCCUCCAAGUCGGCCUGUGUGGGUCUCCUGUGCUGUGCUCUGGCCCACCUGGGGCUGCUGCAGCCGCUGCCCCAGCGCCCCUCGCCCUGGCCGCAGGCGCCCCUGCUUGGGGCUGCGGUGACAAUACUGCGGCUCUGCAGUGGCUCAGCGGCCCCCACCUCCGAUGUGGGCAGCCGUCUCUGUGCGAUCCUGGUGGGCUGUGGCCGGGUCCAGCGAGCUGCCCUGGAUUUCCUGGGGGCGCUGUCUCAGGGGACCGGCCCUCAAGAGUUGGUGACGCAGGUGUUUUCCGUCCUCCUGGAGUACCUCGUGAGCCCUGAGUCCAGCUCCAUGGUUCUGAAGAAGGCCUUCCAGGCCACACUCAGGUGGCUCCUGAGCUCACCCAAGACCCCCGACUGCUGCGACCUGGACCCCCACACCCAGCUGUUCCUCAGAGAGCUGCUUCCUGUGCUACAGAAGCGCCUGUGCAGCCCCUGCUGGGAGGUAAGGGACUCAGGCCUCGAGUUCCUGACCCAAAUGACCAGACACUGGGGAGGGCAGGCCGGCUUCAGACAAGCGCUCCUUGCUUCAGAGGUGCCCGAGCUCACCAAGCAGCUUCUGCGAGACCCUGAGAGUUACGUCCGCGCGAGCGCAGUGACCGCCACAGGGCAGUUGUCUAGCUGGGGGCUGUGUGCCACCCCUGCCAGCCCUGAGUGCCCAGGGGCUCAGCAGGAGAGCCUGCUCGUGGAGCUUCUGCACAUCCUCUCCACAGACUCGGAGGGCUUCCCCCGGAGGGCCGUCAUGCAGGUCUUCACUGAGUGGCUGAGGGAUGGCCACGCUGAUGUAGCUGAAGACGCGGAGCGGUUUGUGGCUGGAGCGCUCCAGGCGGCGAGCAGGGACUUGGACUGGGAGGUGCGGGCCCAGGGCCUCGAGCUGGCACUGGUGUUCCUGGAGCAGUUGCUGGGUCAGCGCGGCUCCCACUGUCCCUAUGCCGUGGCCCUGCCCGAGACAGCCCCACCUGGUGUGCUGGCCCAGGCCCUGCAGGUGCUCUGCCGUGUGCAGCUCUUUGAGUUUGCCUUCCGUGCCUUGUUUGACUGUGACCGACCUGUGGCCCAGAAGUCCUGUGAUCUUCUCCUAUUCCUGAGGGCCAAGGCUGCUCCCUGUGGCAGCCCGCAGGAGGCGGGGGACAGUCCCAACGUGGCCUCUGUGGAGGCCACCCUGCAGAGGUGGCAGGCAGGUGAGCAGGGUCAGCCCCUGGGGUACCUGGAGCCCGGGGCCGUCGUAGCUCUGCUGAGGUCUGUAGACCUGGAGGGCCUUCGGGACACUCUGGCUGAGAGCAGUGACCAUGUGGAGAAGAGCCCCCAGUCACUCUUGCAGGACAUGCUGGCUGCCGUGGGCGUCCUUGGGGAGAACGAGGCCGACUGCUACUGACCAGCCUAGUGGCAACCUCCCCAGGACCCUGCUGCUGCACCACGUCCCUUCCUUGGGCCCUGCCAUCCUGAGGGCUCUAGUCUGGCCUGGCUGCACAAGGGACCCUCCGGGGAAGCCAGGACCAGGUGAGCCCAGCAAGCUCAAAGAGCCCCACAUUUUGAUGUAUUGCUGAAGAAGUGGCUUAUUUUCUACUCAAAAUAAGUGUGAUUUGAUGGUGCCACUGGGUCAGCACAGUGUCCUAAGACUGCCCAGGGGUAGGCCCCAGGCCUGGUGGGGGCUGGAGAAACAUCUGGGGGGGACCCUCUGCACAGUGGCCACGUGCUUCCUUGGCAUGGAGGGGUGGUUCCUCUGCUUGGAUCCCACCGUGCCCCAGGGACACCCAAGGUCAGAGAGCAAGCAGCUCAGGCUGGAGUGUGUCUGGCCUUGGUCCCUGGUCCCUAACGGUAGUGACCCCAGGUCUAACCAAGCCAGGUUUUCAGUCUCUGAACCUCCAGGAUCAGCUUGACUUUGUAACGGUUCAGAGCUCACCAUUUCAACUCACCAGGCACGUAGGGUCGCCAGUGGUAACAUCAGGGGAGUUCAGCUCUGGGCUGGUCCUCAGGGGACCAAACAGACGGUACACCAGCCCAAGCUCUGCCAUUUCCCAGCCAUGUGACCCUGGGUUGACCUGUUCCCCAUCUGUAAAAUGGGAAUUUUACUCUUUGCCUCCCAGAGGUAA